ACUUUUCUAGUGAGUGUUUCCCCACGGCGGGAAUUGUAGGUGCGCAUUCAGGAACCUACACAACACGAGAACAGUCGGCAUGAGUACGAGAUAGGAAAAGAAAAUCGUUUUCAAAGUCUGUAAGCGUAUACUGGUUAGAUUUAGGUCGGAAACUUUUAAAAAUGUGUUUUAUAGCGUGAGGAAGUUUGCCUUAGAGUUUUGUGUUAACGUAAUUGUACUUCGGCCCCGUUACUUUAGAUCUCAGUUUUUGCACUAACCGGUCGGGUAACUAACUUAUCCUAAUGUUGCGGCUAACAUUUGCUCACUUGGUAAACUUGAGUACAUGAGUUUGUAUUAAAUAAAGAAGAUAACUGUUCGUACGCGGGAAAUUGUUUAUUUUGCUGUUGAAAACAGCUUGACUGCUUUGAAACAAUGGUGUUUUUCACGUGCAAUGCGUGCGGGGAGUCGUUGAAGAAAGCUCAGGUGGACAAACAUGUAAUGAAAUGUCGGAAUUGUGAAGUACUGUCGUGUAUUGAUUGUGGAAAAGACUUUUGGGGAGACGACUACAAGGACCAUAACAAAUGCAUUAGCGAAGACCAGAAAUAUGGUGGCAAAGGCUACGAGGCCAAGUCCAACAAAGGUGAUGUCAAGCAACAGCAAUGGAUUCAAAGAAUUCAUGAAGCUAUGGACAAACCAGGAGUGACUCCAAAGCUAAGGGACAUUCUCAAACAAGUCAGUUCGUAUGACAAUGUUCCAAGAAAGAAGGCAAAAUUUCAGAACUGGAUGCAGAACAGUCUGAGGAUCCACAAUACCUCCCUGCAUGACCAGGUGUGGGAAGUCUUCUCUGCAGCCACAACCAAUGGUCCAGAGAAGCAAGGUAAUCAGGAAGCGCCUAUAGAUAAGAUCAAUGGGACCAGUAAGGCUGAGGAGAAUGGGUCGGCACCGCAAGAAGCAUCGGAGGAGGUGGCCCCUCUGAAAGAGAAGAAGAAGAAGAACAAACGGGAACGGAAAGAGGAGCGACAGCAGCAGCAGCAGAAGAAGAAGCAGAAGAAAGCUCACGCUAACGCAAAUGGCCAGGAGGAAGAGGAGCGACAGCCCAGCGAGGAAGCCCCUGAGAAAAAGAAGAAGAAGAAGAGGAAAAUGGAGGAAGUGGAGGGGGAUGACUGCACUUCUAAUGGACAAACUGCUGAAGAUACUGGGAGGAAAGCCAAGAAGAAAAAAGAGAAUUUAGAUGACACGCAAAAUUCAGAGGUAGCAGAUGAUGCAGAGGGGGAAGCUAAUGAAGCAAAUGCCAAAGGCAAAUUCAACUGGAAAGGGACGAUUAAAGCAGUAUUGAGACAAUCACCAGAUGAAGGCAUUGCUGUCAAAAAGCUCAGAAAGAAGGUUCUGGCUGCAUAUUACUCAUUCAGUGGUAAUGGGAACUUCAGAUCAGAGGAAGAGAUCUUCUCCCUGUUCAACAAGAAAAUCAACGGCAAUCCCAAGUUCAAGGUUGUGAAAGACAAAGUCAGACUUGUGAAGUAGGCAUUCAGUGACAUUGCCCAUGAAUGAUUCUGUCAGAGACCUAUUUUUCCAAAAAUCUCACUCAUGAAAUGUUUUUAGUAAAAAAAUAAAUGUUCUGUUAGAACCACCA